AUUAAUGAAACGAAAAAGAUCCAAAAAAGAAACAGGAAGGAAUCACAGCGCUCGCAGUGGGCGGCAUCCUUCCGCUCGCACGACACCUCUUGCUCUCUCCUUCUCCCACUAUUACUCUCUCUUCUUAGGCGGGAGCGCACGGAGGGGGGAGGAUACAGAUGUCGAAAGUCGUGGCCGAUUCGAGUAGCAACAGAGCAGCCGUUCAAGCCACCAACGACGACGCUUCUGCUAGUAAAUUAUCCUGUGUUAAAAAGGGAUACAUGAAAGAUGACUACAUUCAUUGGUUUGUAAGAAGGCCUGUGAGGAGAUCUCCUAUAAUUAACCGUGGUUACUACGCUCGUUGGGCUGCUCUUCGGAAGCUUCUUCUUCAAUUUCUUGAUUGUGAAAUAGAUGCCAGUGAAAAAAUUAGCACAAAGAAGCAGAUUUUAUCACUUGGAGCUGGCUUUGAUACUACAUAUUUUCAGUUGCAGGAAGAAGGAAAUGCGCCACACUUAUACGUGGAACUUGAUUUUAAAGAGGUGACAAGUAAAAAAGCUGCUCUUAUUGAAGCAUGUGGGCAAUUGAGGGAGAAAGUUGGUGCAACGGCAUUUAUUUUACGAGAUAAAGGGGAAGUACAUGGUGAUCACUACAAACUGCUCCCUGUGGAUUUGCGUGAUAUAUCAAAACUACAUGAUGUCAUAGCCUUGGCAAAUUUGGAUCCCAACCUGCCUACAUUUAUAAUUGCAGAAUGUGUUUUAAUAUACAUGGAUCCUGAUUCAAGCCGUUCUAUAGUUGGUUGGGCUGCUGAAACAUUCUCUACAGCAAUAUUUUUCUUAUAUGAGCAGAUCCAUCCUGAUGAUGCUUUUGGGCAGCAAAUGAUCAGAAAUUUGGAGAGUCGAGGCUGUGCACUCUUGGGACUAUGGGCUACACCAACUUUGCUUGCAAAGGAAAAACUUUUCCUUGAUCAGGGGUGGGAGACAGCUGUUGCCUGGGAUAUGUUGCAAAUUUAUACUAAUUUUAUUGAAGCUCAAGACAGACGCAGGAUUGAACGGCUGGAAUUGUUUGACGAGUUUGAAGAAUGGCACAUGAUGCAGGAGCACUACUGCGUGGCUUAUGCGAUCAACGAUGCCAUGGGGUUGUUUCGGGAUUUUGGUUUCCCCAAGGAGCAGCACGUGCCCCCAGCAGCAUCUUCAUGAAAAGUCUGGCGUUAUAUUGAAUGGCAUUGGGCUUGCAAAAAUAAGUUGGUGCAGAAAGCACGUGCGAUGAACAGUACGUGUGCCAGCCAACUAGGGUUGGGGGAGGUGUCAGCCUGUCUUCUCAGGUAAAAAAGGGCCUCUCAACUUGUAGUUCGUCCCAUAUAGUUUCCAAGGAGGAUGAUGACACUGGCUGCUCUCACUUUGUGUGAAUGUGACUUCUAGUUUGUUUUAGACUGAAUUCUGCUGAGAAAUCCCUUCUAAUUCUUGCCAGCUGUUUUGCAACGUCUGGGUGGGUCUCCCAUAGAAUUCGUGGGGACCUUUUCCCUUUGACAAA